CGUCUCCUUUAUGUAGCUUUUAAUGAGUGGAGGAAGAAAUAUAAAAAAAUGGGCCACAUAAUCACUGCGUACGUUUCUGAACGAUCGGAAAACGGCUUAAAACCCUUCACUUGUUUAAUACUCUCUCUCAAUCAGAUCAAACGAACGAACGAACGAAAAAGAUGCAAGCUUUCUUUAUUAUGUUAUUUAAUUAUCUGCUCAUCAUCGUUUUGGCAAUAGGCCACAGCGAUGCAUUUACCAGAAACGAUUUUCCAGAGGAUUUUCUAUUCGGAGCAGCGACUUCCGCUUAUCAGUGGGAAGGAGCGGUUGAUGAAGACGGAAGGACUCCAAGCGUUUGGGACACUUUCUCCCACUCUUCUAACUUAGGAAAUGGAGAUAUAGCAUGUGAUGGGUAUCACAAAUACAAGGAAGAUGUUAUGCUGAUGGCUGAAAUGGGUUUAGAAGCAUUCAGAUUCUCUAUCUCAUGGACUAGGCUUUUACCUAAUGGAAGAGGACCCAUCAACCCUAAAGGUCUAUUGUUUUACAAGAACCUCAUCAAAGAACUACGAACUCAUGGAAUUGAACCACACGUUACACUUUACCACUAUGAUCUUCCUCAAACUUUUGAAGAUGAGUACGGAGGAUGGCUAAACCGCAAAAUCAUAGAAGACUUCACUGCUUUUGCAGAUGUAUGCUUCAGAGAGUUUGGGGAUGAUGUGAAGCUAUGGACUACAAUCAACGAAGCUACAAUAUUCGCCAUUUCUUCUUAUAGCGAUGGAUUCGCACCACCAGGACACUGUUCUUCUUCCACAUUCUUCAAUUGCUCUACUGGAAACUCUUCUACUGAACCAUAUAUUGCAGGCCAUAACAUGUUGUUAGCUCAUGCCUCUGCCUCCAAAUUGUAUAAACUAAAGUACAAGAAUAAGCAGAGAGGAUCUAUAGGCUUUAGUAUAUAUGCAUUCGGGUUAACUCCAUAUAGUAACUCCAAGGAAGAUGAAAUUGCAACUCAAAGAGCUAAAGAUUUCCUCUUUGGCUGGAUGUUGAAGCCUUUGGUGUUUGGGGACUAUCCUAAUGAAAUGAAGAGAAUCUUGGGGUCUAGGUUACCUGUUUUCUCAGAGGAAGAGUCAGAGCUAGUUAAAGGAUCAUCUGACUUUAUAGGAAUUAUCUACUACGUGACAGUCUAUGUGAAAAACAGUAAUCCCACACCUUCUCUGCUUCCCAGAAGACAAGACUUCUAUACAGACAUGGGCGCUGUGACGAUCUUCAUGGGGAAUUCUACAUUCUUUGAGUGGGAUGCUAUUCCAUGGGGUCUUGAAAGUGUUUUGGAGUAUAUGAAACAGAGCUAUAACAAUCCUCCAGUCUACAUUCUUGAAAACGGUAGAGCGAUGAAACAUGGUUCGACGCUACAAGACACACCAAGAAUUGAAUACAUUCAAGCUUACAUUGGUGCUGUUCUCAACGCCAUCAAGAAUGGAUCGGACACAAGAGGAUACUUCGUAUGGUCGAUGAUCGAUGUGUACGAGUUGUUGAGUGGCUACAUGUACAGCUAUGGGAUGUACGAUGUGAAUUUCAGCGACCCUGGUCUCAAGAGGUCACCAAAGCUAUCUGCUUCUUGGUACACUGGUUUUCUCAAUGGCACAGUUGAUGUUCAUCCUCAAGCUAUUAGUACGUUAGAGAGAAACAUCUCCGGCUACUCUUCAUUUUAAUCUGUUUAUAUAUAUAACAACUUUGAUCUUGAUUUUCGGUAAUGGAAGUUCAUACUUUAUAUGGCAAAAUUGGUAUAAUAAGAUUUGCAUUUGAUCUUGA